GUCACUUGUACCGUCCUCUCCUUAACCUCGUCAUAUUGGAAUAUUAAAUCUGCAUCUACCUGCCAGCAGUAGUAAACUAAAGGCAUGUUACCGCUGAGGAGAAAAGGUGGGAACUUGAUGGGAGCAGCACUAGAAGUACGUCAACCAUCUACAUUCUGAUUGGACCCUUUCUCUAUUUCAAGUGGUGCAUCUCCUUCUCAGAUCUUGUCACCAUGAAUUCAGCUCAAGGUCUGUGUGUACUGGCUCUGCUGACCUCAGGCAUAGCACAGAAUCAAGAAACUACAUCCAGUGUUCCCGUAACUGAAAAAGUCUCAACUAAAGCUACUGUACCUGUGACUGUGACCAUGGCAUCACCAUCCACAACCAAAGCUACAUCGGCUUCAACACAAUACUCUACUGCAGCUCCAACUAAACUGGCUUCAACACAAUCCUAUACUGCAGCUCCAAAUACAUUGGCUUCAACACAACCUUCUACUGGAGCUCCAACUACAACGACACAACCCUCUACUGCAGCUCCAAUUACAACACAUUCAACUAAAGCUGCAUCUGUCCUUACAACCACUACAAAUGUAGCAACAACUGAUACUACAACUACUGCAAUCACUACUAUGACUGUCACACCUACAAAUACCACAGCUGUUCCCACAACUACUUCUAGAGCUGACCCUGCAAUCACUACUACAACUGUCCCACCUACAAAUACCACAACUGUUCCCACAACUUCUUCUAGAGCUGACCCUGCAAUCACUACUACAACUGUCCCACCUACAAAUACCACAACUGUUCCCACAACUUCUUCUAGAGCUGACCCUGCAAUCACUACUACUACUGUCCCACCUACAAAUACCACAACUGUUCCCACAACUACUUCUAGAGCUGACCCUGCAAUCACUACUAUAACUGUCCCACCUACAAAUACCACAACUGUUCCCACAACUUCUUCUGGAACUGACUCUGCAAUCACUACUACAACUGUCCCACCUACAAAUACCACAACUGUUCCCACAACUUCUUCUAGAACUGACCCUGCAAUCACUACUACUACUGUCCCACCUACAAAUACCACAACUGUUCCCACAACUACUUCUAGAGCAGACCCUGCAAUCACUACUAUGACUGUCACACCUACAAAUACCACAACUGUUCCCACAACUACUUCUAGAGCAGACCCUGCAAUCACUACUACAACUGUCCCACCUACAAGUACUGCAACUGCUCCCACAACUACUUCUAGCGCUGACCUGACAACCAUUGCUGCAACCAUCGCAGCAACCAUCCCUACCACUGCUACUUCAACCACCAGUACAACAGUUACAACAACCUCCACCCAGGCCUCAAGCACUUCCACUGUCCUCCCUCCAACCACGUCUCGCAAUAUAAUCACUACUACCACUAUGAACAGAGGCCCAGGGGUCAAAGCAUCUCUGCUGACCUCUCUAGUGCCAUUGCUGCUGUUUGUGCUGCACCACUGA